AGCACAAGUAAAGGUUGUUCCUCACAAUAUUUCAUAUAUAAAUCAACUCCAGAGCUCUCAAUACUUUUAUAGCUCUCUCCCCUACAUUUGUACUGGAAGUUUUUCCCCGAGAAAGAUGAACAACUACAUGCUGUUGAUCAAUCGGCUUCUGGUUCAUUUUCUACUGCUAUUUAUCUUUGCAACCUUGGCUUUCGCAGCUAAUCGAUUAAUAGCCGAUGAAGUACAAGCUUUGAAGGACAUAGCAAAGACACUGGGGAAGACAGACUGGAAUUUUAGUGCUGAUCCAUGUAGCGGAGAAUAUGGAUGGAUUAAUGAUCAAGCCGACAAAUAUUUUGCGAAUAAAGUCACCUGCGGCAAUUGUACGAUUUCCGAUGAGGCCAAUGCCACCAGUACUGAUCAGAUAUGCCAUGUUGUUAGCAUAGUUCUGAAAGCUCAGAAUUUGUCAGGAACACUUCCGUCAGAGUUGGUGAGGCUUCCCUAUCUCCAACAAAUUGAGCUUGUUCGUAACUAUCUGCAUGGAACCAUCCCUCCACAAUGGGGCUCCCUGCCACUAGUUAACAUUUCUCUUGUUGGAAACCGCUUGACAGGUUCUAUCCCUGUUGAGCUUGCAAAUAUUACCACCCUGCAAAGUUUGACCAUGGAUUUCAAUUAUUUCUCUGGAGGUCUUCCUUGGCAACUUGGAAAUUUGCCCAGCAUAGAAACACUCAUUCUUAGCUCGAACAAUUUUACUGGGGAGUUGCCGGGUACAUUUGAAAAGCUUACCAAAUUAAAAGAGUUUCGGAUUAUGGACAAUUCCUUUUCUGGGAAGAUACCAAAUUAUAUUCAAAACUGGACAAAUCUUAGGAAACUAGGGAUUCAGGCUAGUGGUUUGACGGGACCAAUACCUUCUGGAAUUUCUCUAUUGACGAAUUUAACUGAUCUGAGAAUUACUGACUUGAAUGGACCUGAAUCAUCCUUUCCUGUACUUGAGAAUAUGAAAAAAUUGAAGACACUGAUGUUGAGGAGUUGCAAUAUUAAUGGACAGCUACCAGAAUAUUUCUCGGACAUGACAGAUUUGACAACUUUAGACCUCAGCUUCAACAAGCUAACUGGAAAAGUCCCAAGCAGCUUAUUUGUUGCUCCAAAUAAUUUGGAUUACAUAUUCUUAACUGGAAAUUUGCUGAAUGGAUCCGAGCCUCUGUGGAUUCAGGGAGACAAUGUUGAUCUUUCAUAUAACAAUUUCACCCCAGAGCCUGUAGAUUGUAAGCAAGCUGGCAGGAACUUGUUUGCAAGCUCUUCAAAGGGCAACAAUUCAGCUGUUUCGUGUUUGAGCAAUAAAACUACAACAUGUUCAAAAAGUUGGUACUCUCUCAAUAUAAAUUGUGGAGGAAGUGGAGUAACAGUUGAUGGAAGAGCAUAUGAUGAGGAUACAGAUGCAAAUGGACCUUCAUUAUAUUACGAGAGCAGCACAAAUUGGGUGUCAAGCAGCACUGGUUACUUCCCUGAUGAUGACAGUUCUACAGACCACUUUACUUGGUCUACUAAUUCAUCUAGACACUUGAUUGCCAAUGCUCAACUAUACAUGACUGCACGCCUUUCUCCCAUCUCUCUAACUUAUUAUGGAUUUUGUCUGGGAAAUGGAAACUACACAGUACACCUCCAUUUUGCAGAGAUAAUGUUUACAAAUGGUCCAACAUAUAGCAGCUUAGGAAGGCGCAUAUUUGAUGUUUACAUUCAGGGCAAACGAGUGCUGCAGGAUUUCAAUAUUGCUGAUGAGGCAGGUGGGGUUGGUAAGGCAGUCAUAAAAAACUAUACUAUUGCUGUAACUACUAAUACCUUGGAGAUCCGUUUCUUUUGGGCUGGGAAAGGAACCACAGGUAUCCCUGUAAGAGGAGUUUAUGGUCCUCUUAUCUCCGCCAUAUCUGUAUUUCCAGACUUUGAACCCCCACCAGAAACCCUGUCAAGACCAACAAGACCAACAACAUCAUGGAGUUUCUCUAUAGGUGCAGUGGUUGGAUUUAUGGCCGUAGGGGGAGUAUUCUUUGUAUUGCUGAUUUUGGGUUAUCUUUGGUGGAGAGGCUAUCUAAGACGAGAAAGGACUUUGGAGCAAGAUUUAAAAGGUGUUGACCUGCAAACGGGUAGAUUUAGCUUGAGACAAAUCAAAGAUGCCACAGAAAACUUUGACAUAGCCAACAAGAUUGGAGAAGGUGGUUUUGGUCCUGUUUACAAGGGCCAACUAUCAGAUGGCACCAUAAUUGCUGUUAAGCAGCUUUCUGCCAAAUCACAGCAAGGAAAUCGUGAGUUUGUGAAUGAGAUUGGCAUGAUUUCCGCUCUGCAACACCCUCAUCUUGUCAAGCUCUAUGGAUGCUGCAUUGAAGGAAAUCAGUUGUUGCUUGUCUAUGAGUACAUGGAAAACAACAGUGUUGGACGCGCUUUGUUUGGUGCAAAAGAAAGUCAGUUGAAGUUAGAUUGGCCAACAAGGCACAGGAUUUGUGUUGGUGUUGCAAAAGGUUUGGCUUACCUUCAUGAAGAAUCACGGUUGAAGAUCGUUCAUAGAGACAUCAAAGCUACUAAUGUGCUGCUUGAUAAAAAUCUUUGCCCGAAGAUAUCUGACUUUGGCCUAGCCAAGCUUGGUGAAGAUGAUAGUACCCAUAUAAGCACUAGGAUUGCUGGAACCUAUGGAUAUAUGGCACCUGAAUAUGCAAUGCGGGGUUAUCUAACUGAUAAAGCGGAUGUGUAUAGUUUUGGAAUUCUUGGAUUGGAAAUGGUCAGUGGAAGGUGCAACACAACUUACCAUUCCAAAGGAGAGUGCUUCUACAUUCUUGAUUGGGCACUUCUUCUGAAAGAGAAAGGAAGUUUGCUAGACCUAGUCGAUCCAAGGUUGGGAUCAGAUUUUAACAAAGAAGACGUGAUGAUUACCAUCAAGGUGGCUCUCCUUUGCUGUAAUGUCUCUGCAGCACUUAGGCCUGCCAUGUCUUCAGUGGUAAGCAUGCUUGAAGGCAGGGCUCGUGUUGAGGAGUUAGUCUUUGAUUCAAGUGCCUCAUUUCAUGAGAUCAGUGAAAUGAGGAAACAUUUUGAAUCUAAUUACUCAUUGGAGACCAUCGAUGAGAGUACUCAGAGACAAACAAUGUCAAUCGAAGGGGCGUGCACUUCAUCUACAUCUGUUCAAGAUCUCUAUCCAAUCAAUCCUGAUUCAGAUUACUGGGAGAACAGAGAUCAAAAUGGUGUUAGUAUAUAUAGUCUCGCAAUUAUAAUUACUCAUCAAUCCAAGCUCGAAUAUCUCAACAGUCAAUUUAUCUCGAUCUCCCUCUGCAAAAACUCAUUUUGGGCAUCAGACGCCCUUCAAAUCGGAAACGUUUCCACCAUAUACAGAGUAAAAGGCAAAAUGAAUUACUUGUUCUUAUUCUCUCAGCUUCUUAUUGGUACCCAUCUCUUGCUAGUUUUCUUUGCGAGCUUUGCUUUCGGAGCUAAUCAAUUAUCUUCAGAUGAAAUACAAGCUUUAAGGGACAUUGGAAAGACACUCGGUAAGAACUGGAAUUUCAGCGUAGAUCCAUGCAGCGGAGAACUUGGAUGGAGUACUGCUCCGGAUGGCCAAUACAUGAAUAACGUUACCUGCGGCAACUGUAGUUCUACCUCCAAUACUACGACCGAUCAAAUCUGCCAUGUCACAAACAUACUUUUGAAAGGGCAGAAUCUGACGGGACAACUCCCCAAGGAGUUGAUCAACCUCUCCUAUCUCCAAGAAAUUGACCUCACCCGCAACUUCCUGAAUGGCACCAUCCCUCCAGAAUGGGGCACCCUUCCACUAGUUAGCAUUUCUCUUGUUGGAAACCGUUUGACAGGUUCUAUCCCUGUUGAGCUAGGAAACAUCACCACGCUCAAAAGUUUGACAAUCGAUUUCAAUCGUUUAUCUGGAGUUCUUCCUGCGGAGCUUGGAAAUUUGUCUAGCAUAGAAAGAAUGCUUCUUACCUCGAACAAUUUUACUGGGGAGUUGCCAGAAACAUUUGCAAAGCUUAACACCUUAACUGACUUUCGGAUUAGUGACAGUUCCUUUUCUGGGAAGAUACCUGAUUUUAUUCAGAGCUGGACAAAUCUUGAGGGACUAGUGAUUCAGGCUAGUGGUUUUACAGGGCCAAUUCCUUCCGGCAUUUCUCUCUUGACAAGAUUAACUGACCUGAGAAUUAAUGACUUGAAUGGAUCUGAAUCAUCCUUUCCUGUACUUGAUAAUAUGAAAAGCCUGGAGACAUUGGUGUUGCGGAACUGCAAUAUUAGUGGGCAGCUACCUGAAUAUGUUGGGAACAUGUCGACUUUAAAAAUUUUAGACCUUAGUUUUAACAAGCUAACUGGAGAUAUCCCAAACAACUUUGCUGGUCUAGGAAAUCUGGAUAAUAUGUUCUUAACUGGAAACAUGCUGACCGGAACUGUGCCAGCUGAUUGGAUGAAAGCCAAUAGCAUUGAUCUUUCAUAUAACAAAUUCACCAUCAACUCAAAUGAUGAGAAUUGUGAACCACGAGAUGGCUUGAACUUGUUUGCAAGCUCUUCAGGUGGCAAUACUUCAUUUGUUUCAUGUUUACCACUUGCAAAAUGUGUAAAAACUUGGUACACUCUUCAUAUAAAUUGUGGUGGAAAAGAAGUACCCCUCUAUGAAAAUUUCACAAGACCCACCAACGCAACAUACGAGGAAGAUACUGAUGUAGCCGGGCCUUCAUCAGUUUACCUGAGCAGGACAAAUUGGGCAUCAAGCACGACUGGCUACUUCGCUGAUGAUAAUCGUCUUACUAAAACCUAUACCUGGACUAAUUCAUCUGGACUCAAUAUGGCGAAUCCUGAGUUGUACAUGAAUGCACACCUUUCUCCUAUUUCUCUAACUUACUAUGGGUUUUGUCUCGGAAAUGGAAGCUACACAGUAAACCUCCACUUUGCAGAGAUAAUAUUUACAAAUGACACAACAUAUAGUAGCCUGGGAAGACGUGUAUUCGAUAUAUACAUUCAGGGGUCACUAGCGUUCAAGGAUUUCAAUAUUGCAGAUGCUGCAGGUGGCUUUGGAAACGCAGUCACAAAAAAGUUCACUGCUAACGUAACUGCUGGUACUUUGGAGAUCCGUUUAUUCUGGGCUGGGAAAGGGACAACAGGUGUUCCUUACAGAGGAGACUAUGGUCCUCUUAUAUCAGCUAUCUCCAUAGAUUCUGACUUUCCACCCCCUCAAGAAACCCAGCCAGGAGGUGGAAGCAGCGGUAUAUCAGCAGGUGCAGUGGUUGGAAUCGUGGCGGGAGGAGUCUUCAUUAUAUUACUGGUUUUAGGAAUUCUCUGGUGGAAAGGGUUCAUAGGACCAGCAAAUACUUUAGAACAAGAUUUGAAGGGUGUGGACCUGCAAACCAGCAGAUUUACCUUGAGGCAAAUCAAAGUUGCCACAAACAACUUUGACAUAUCAAAUAAGAUUGGAGAAGGUGGUUUUGGUCCUGUUUACAAGGGCCUUCUAUCAGAUGACACCGCAAUUGCUGUUAAGAAGCUUUCUGCCAAAUCAAAGCAAGGGAAUCGUGAAUUUGUGAAUGAGAUUGGCAUGAUUUCUGCUCUGCAACACCCUUACCUUGUCAAGCUUUAUGGUUGUUGUAUUGAAGGAAAUGACUUGUUGCUUGUCUAUGAGUACUUGGAAAAUAAUAGCGUUGCUCGUGCUCUGUUUGGCCCAAAAGCAAGUCAGGUGAAGAUGGAUUGGCCAACAAGGCACAGGAUUUGUGUUGGUAUAGCAAAAGGUUUGGCUUACCUCCAUGAGGAAUCAAGGUUGAAGAUCGUUCAUAGAGACAUUAAAGCUACUAAUGUGCUACUCGAUAAAAAUCUUUGUCCAAAGAUAGCUGAUUUUGGAUUGGCCAAGCUUGAUGAACAGGAUAAUACCCACAUAAGCACCCGGAUUGCUGGAACUCUAGGAUAUAUGGCACCUGAAUAUGCAAUGCGAGGUUAUCUGACUGAUAAAGCAGAUGUUUAUAGUUUCGGAAUUGUUGUGUUGGAAAUAGUCAGUGGGAGGAGUAACACAACUUACCGCUCUGAAGAAGAAUGUUUUUAUCUUCUUGAUUGGGCACUUCUUCUAAAGGAGAGAGGGAGUUUGUUGGACCUAGUGGAUCCAAGGCUAGGCUCACAGUUUAACAAAGAGCAGAUGAUUACUACAAUCAAUGUGGCUCUCCUUUGCUCUCAUGUGUCUUCGGCAGUUAGGCCUUCCAUGUCUUCAGUGGUGAAAAUGCUUGAAGGCAGGGCUUCGGUUCAGGAGGUGAUCUCUGAUCCAAAUGCCUCAAACAAUGAAAUCAAUGCAAUGAGGAAACAUUUUCAAUCCAGUUUCGAAGAAAACAAUGGUGACCUUGAGAGUCAGAGACAAACUAUGUCAAUUGAACCGUCGUGGACUGCUUCAUCUACAUCUGCUCAUGAUCUCUAUCUCGUCCAUCCUGAUUCCAGUUAUUGGGAGAACAGAAAAUAG